AUGGGUCCAUAUUCUGCUCCUUUCCAACCGUAUCAACAACCGUAUUAUGACCCUAGUGUGGUCCACGUGUUGAUGAUCCAGGUCGAAUAUUACCUUUCGGUCGAGAACCUUUGCAAGGAUAUGUUUCUUCGCAAGAAGAUGGACUCUCAGGGCUUUGUGUUCUUUGAACUGAUUGCUGGUUUCAAGCGACUCCAGGAGUUCUCUGGUGGCGAUGUCAACAUGGUACGCGUAGCAUGUGAAACAUCAGAGCACCUCGACUUUGUCCUUGGCGACGACAACGUGGAGCGCCUCCGGUUGCGAGACGGCUGGCAUAAUUUCAUCCUGCCAGUUGAGCAGCGGGACGAGGAAGCUCGCUCCCCGGGCCCGCAGGGCUACAUGUAUCGCUCAAGACACAGCCGUCAUCUAUAUCCCGGCGCUAUGAUGGCACCUGGCGGCUACCCGACUACCUCCCCAACCAUGUAUCCGUCUGCCGGGUUUCCACCCAAUGGUAUAGAUCAGGCAUUCGGAGGCUAUCCCAAUGGUGGCGCGUACCAUCCAGGUAUGAAUGGUGUCGAGGUCAAUGGUCAGUCGUAUCCCGUGGAGUCUCAGCUGUCAGCAGAAGUGCCUGCUUUCGCACCUGGCGGCAUGCUUGGAGGCAAUGAUGGGACUCUCAGACUAGAGGACGCGACAACUAUGAGCGACGAUCAGGUUGCCAACUUGAUGCUAGUGAGCCAUGCCAAUAACGCAGAGGCUACCCCGUCAGCUUCAAAUGGAACGUAUGACACUUCUGUGGCCGGCCCUACCCAGGGUGCUCCGGAGGGUGCUGCAAGGCUCGUUGCCCAUGACUCGUAUUAG